CAUUUCUGCGUUCUGGGUGUGUUUCCUGUUACUUACUCUCCUUUGUUUGUCGUUACGUACCUACAGUACCUUACGCUUCGACCGCAGGCCGGUCUCCAAUCCACUCAUUAUUUCGAUAUCGCGCGUGAUUUUUGCAUCAAAAAAUGACUAAUACAACGACGUUGAGACCUGUGGUCUUCACGCCAUCUGCGCCGGUUCGCAACUCUGAUGGCGUGCGCAAUACUAUGAUCGAAGAUGCGCCUCAGGUCUCGCUCCGUCGAGCACCACCAGCACGACUGCAAGCACGUGUGCAAGGCAACACUCCCACGAGCGACGACUUUCCCACUCCCAGAGCCAUUAUCUCGUGCCCCACGACCGAGGGUAGCCCCAGUCUGAGCAGCUCUGAUUCAGAGUCCGAGUCCGAUUACAGCUCGCUCUGGAGUAAACGCAGCUCGGCAAGCUUCGAUGAACUGUACGACAUCACCGAGAGCGAGUCUGAAGAAGUGCCAAUCAAGCUGUCGAGUUCAGUCAAGCGGAGAGUGGGCAAGAAGGACGCCAAGAAUCGCAUUCCUUCCAUCAUUAUUCCAUCUCCCGGACAAUGGCCCACCAUCGACAAGCUGACGUCCGCGUCUGUCCUUUCACCACCGCUCAACAUCAACCUGUCUCCUUCCAUAUUAGCCCAGCUACAGGAGCGCGGUCUGCGAGUACCCAGUACGUCGUCGGCACCCUCUCUGGAUGGUAGCCAAACCUCAGAAGAAUUGACGCCGUCGAGCUGCCCGUCUACUCCUGAUCUAUCUCGAGCAGAUGAAGCAGAGCAAGCAUGGGAACCUCCAGUGCAGCUGAACCCAUCAUCAAUCGACCUGCUCCAGCACAUCAAUAGCGAUGCACAGUCUGAACAGCAUCAUGUACUUCUGGAGGUGCCCGAGGAAGCCACGGCGGAGAUGAGGGAGGUUGCCAAUUCGCCCCCCAUCACUAGUCAUUUCCGGAUUGAUACUCAAAAUUUGUGUCCCCCGACUGAGGAUGCCGAUGACGAGCUUUCCGUGCUCUCGGUGCCAUCGCCAGGAGGCUUCUUCGCCUCUCUUGACUCGACAAUGGCCCGCAAGACAUGGGCAGCUGCAGAGCUGACCCCGACCACUACCACAGCCGCGGAGUUCUACGGUGUACCAUUUCGCCCUGCUCGCAAUGUCGCCCUAGCGACCAGCACUGCAGCAUCGUUCUACAACGUGCCAUGGCCUGCACGUCCAGAAAGCCCUGUAGAGCACCUUGUUUCUGUCGCAAGCCCUACCUCCAAUCAAGAUCCGAUUACUGCACGAAAGAUUGCCUUCUCGCCCACAGAUCUCGUGGACGCAGUGGAUGAGAUUGAUGAGAGCUACGCCGACACUUUGCAGCAAUCUGCUUCCGCGAACAUCGAUCGAACACAGCUGUGGCUGUCUGCCCAGACGACAUACAUGGCUGCCAUCUGCGAGGACGAUGAGGUGUCCAGUGGCCUCCACACCCAGGAAGAGGACAUCACAAAGAUGUCCACGCCGGUGUCCCUGGCAUGUACAGACGAUUCGCCUAACAAGAAAUCCGUUCGUUUCGCAACAGUCGCGACAAGGUCACCCAAGGAAAGCCUGUCAUCUGUUGAGGACCAGCGUGUCUCUCCUAUCCACGAUGGCACAUUCUGGGAGGCAUGGCGACAAAAUAAGCGCUCGCAGCGCGCUCGCGACGUUUUCCAGCACCGACAAGCUCGUGCAGAGGCUGAGCACGUUCGACGUAUUAGCGUGCCAAAGCAGCAUGCGGAUCAACUGCAGGGCAAGUUUGAGACUGUUACCACUCAGCGACCUGCGCCCGCACGUCCGGUAUCCAGCUUGCUGCCUGUAGCAUUGGAGGACGAGAGAAAAGAGCUCAUUGCCGCUGUCGAGCGAGAGCGACAGGCGCUAGAGCUGAUUCAGCCGUCCGCAUGGCAUCUUUCAGCGCAACGCGAAGUCAAUGGCGGCAAGCUUCUUACCAGCCCGAUAGUCACAAGCUUCAAGGGACGUAGGGACGUUAGGAUCUUGGACCUCGCUGGACAAGUUCACUGUAGCUGGGCGUGGACUGUUGCCGAGGAGCAUCCUGACGCCGAGGUCUACACCACUGUCUCGUCUGAUGCUGAAGCUCAUGUGCUGGCAUCCUCGCUCGAUGGGCCAAGCAACCAUCAUGUUGUGACUUCUCCAAAGCUCUGGCAACUGCCAUUCGACAGCGACUAUUUCGAUGUGGUCUCUGCCCGUCAUCUCUACAGUCACCUCAAGACCACAUGGCCCAAGGGAUUUGCCGCUGACGAGUGGGAUCUCACUUUGCGUGAAUGUCUACGCUGCCUCAAGCCAGGUGGAUAUCUAGAAUUUGAUUUGCUCGACGCUGAGCUGGUACACACUGAUGCAGUCAGCCAGGCGCUCGGCGUCGAGUUCGCCUUCAACCUCAAGACCCGAGGCUACGAUCCCUGUGCAGGCAAGAGCUUUCUCCCACGCCUCAGGCAUGCCGGCUUUCGCGACAUCAAGCGCGCCUGGAUGAUACUGCCUGUUGCUGAUGCUGUCCCUCGCUGGAACGACAAACCUGCUGCUACAUCUCAUGAACGAUUCAUUACCAUAGACGACACGGUACAACAGUUUGACCCACCCCUCACGGGGAGCACCGCGGAUGUCCGCGCCAUGACCGGCCUCGUGGGUGCGAGAAUGUGGGAGCAAUGGAUGCUCAAGCUGAACGAUGAGAUGGGUCGCAGUGAGAGUCGUGCCCUGGACGAUGUCGCCCAGGCCCUGGAAGAGGGUGGCAGAGGCAAUGCUGCAUGGCGAUGCCUCGUAGGCUGGGCACGAAAGGAGGAGAUCUGAUGGUUUGCUGAAAUCCAUUGCAUGAGGCGCGCUUCCCAGACCAGGUACGGUAGCUUAGUAUAAUAAUGACGGUAAAAAGUGUAUUGGCUGGUGUUUUGAUGACCUGCAUGCAGUCUAUACGACUAGUAAUUUUCUCAUUCAUUCAUUCAUUCAUUCAUUCAUUCGUUAGUAUUGAUUGCCAUUCGCAGAAGCAUACAUAAGGU